GUGUAGCCUCAGUUAUUUUCUUUAAAGGGAAUGCAGAUGUUUCCUUUUAUCUCCCUCUCUCUGGCAAGUGGCAACCAUCCUUGAAUAUUGAUCUCAUAUGGUCUCAUAUUGUCUACACCUGGAACAAGUCCUGCUGGGAACAACUGCUGCAAUUAUAGGCUAUUAACAUCUAUAGACUUAUUAUUAAGGCUAUUAAACACAAAAUAUCUGGUCAACACAUGCUUUGGAAUAGUUUAAAUUCUGUGCAUAUUACCUAAAACAGGCCGUGUUAUUGGCUGUACGACCAUUUAAAACAAACGAGUUAUUUGUAUUAUGAGUCAGGAAUGCAUAACAUCUGAUAUUGUCAUUUAAAUGUUUAGGUCUACUAAUUUAUAGUUGCUGGGUUUGUCCAGUUGAGUUUACCGUGACGCAGUUGAGUAGGAGUGCACAGUCACCGACAACACAGUCUGGGUCUGGGUUGAGCAGCGGCAAGGAUGUUGCGUUUGCCUGCGGUGAGCCGCACUCUCUCAGCUGUCACGCGAACCAAAGGGGGCGUUCCCGCCACCACCAGUAAUGCUUGUUCUGUAGCCACGGCAGCUGCUAGCAACUUGAUAGAGGUGUUUGUAGAUGGAAAUCCUGUUACAGUGGAGCCAGGAACCACUGUGCUACAGGCAUGCGAGAAGGUUGGAAUCCAGAUCCCUCGUUUCUGCUAUCACGAACGCCUGUCGGUGGCAGGCAACUGCCGGAUGUGUUUGGUAGAGAUUGAGAAAGCACCAAAGCCGGUGGCCGCAUGUGCAAUGCCAGUCAUGAAAGGUUGGAACAUCUUAACAAACUCUGACAAAACAAGGAAGGCCAGAGAAGGAGUAAUGGAAUUCUUGUUGGCUAACCACCCGUUGGAUUGCCCAAUCUGUGACCAGGGGGGAGAAUGUGACCUACAGGACCAGUCCAUGAUGUUUGGCAGCGACCGGAGUCGCUUCACGGAGAGCAAGAGAGCCGUGGAGGACAAGAACAUCGGCCCCCUCAUCAAGACCAUCAUGACUCGCUGCAUCCAGUGCACUCGCUGUGUACGCUUUGCCAGUGAGAUUGCUGGUGUGGAAGACCUGGGAACCACGGGCAGGGGAAACGACCUCCAGAUUGGCACCUAUGUGGAGAAGAUGUUCAUGUCGGAGCUGUCUGGGAACGUAAUCGACAUCUGCCCCGUGGGGGCGCUGACUUCCAAACCUUAUGCCUUCACCGCCCGUCCCUGGGAAACCAGGAAGACUGAGUCUAUCGAUGUGUUAGACGCCGUGGGCAGCAACAUUGUGUUGAGCACCCGAUCCGGAGAAGUCAUGAGGGUCCUUCCUCGUCUCCACGAGGACAUUAAUGAAGAGUGGAUCUCAGAUAAGACCAGGUUUGCCUAUGACGGGCUGAAGCGACAGCGGCUCACCCAGCCAAUGGUGAAGAAUGAGACCGGCCAGCUGGUGACCACUUCCUGGGAAGAUGUGCUGACUCGUGUAGCUGGAGUAUUACAAGGAGCUCAAGGUAACAAGGUAGCUGCUGUCGUUGGGGGGAUGGUGGAUGCAGAGGCUCUCGUUGCCCUGAAGGACCUGCUGAAUCGUCUGAACAGUGAUCACCUCUGCACUGAGGAGAUGUUCCCCAUGACGGGGGCAGGGUCUGACCUGCGCUCAAACUAUCUGUUGAACACUCGCAUUGCCGGUAUUGAAGAGGCGGAUCUGCUUCUUCUGGUGGGCACCAAUCCACGCUAUGAGGCUUCGCUUUUCAACGCACGGAUCAGAAAGAGUUGGCUCCACAAUGAGCUGCAGGUGGCCCUUGUGGGGAGAGAGGUGGAUCUGAGUUACACGUACAACCAUCUAGGGGAGUCUGCAAAGGUUCUACAGGACAUUGCAGCAGGGUCUCAUCCCUUCUCUAAGGUUUUGGCUGAGGCCGAACGUCCAGUGGUAGUAGUGGGCAGUGGAAUGCUGCAGCGAGCGGAUGGGGCUGCAAUACUGGCUGCCGUGUCCACCAUAGCUCACAAUGCUCGGGUUAGCAGCGGAGUUGAUAAUGACUGGAAGGUUCUCAAUGUGCUUCACAGGGUGGCAAGUCAAGUGGCUGCCCUGGAUCUUGGGUACAAGGCAGGUGUGGAGGCAAUCAGGAAGAAUCCACCCAAGGUCCUGUUCCUCUUAGGGGCAGAUGCUGGCUGCAUUACUCGCCAAGACCUGCCAAAAGACUGCUUUAUUAUUUAUCAGGGACACCAUGGUGAUGUUGGUGGACCAAUGGCUGACAUUAUACUUCCUGGAGCUGCCUACACAGAGAAAUGUGGCACCUAUGUGAACACAGAGGGCCGCGCACAGCAGACCAGGGUGGCUGUGACCGCUCCAGGACUGGCCAGGGAGGACUGGAAGAUCAUCAGAGCCAUAUCUGAGCUUGCUGGAGCGAUUCUUCCCUAUGACACUAUUGAUGAAGUGCGUGACAGGCUGGCGGAGGUUUCACCCAACCUGGUGCGGUAUGACAAUGUGGAGGAGGCCAACUAUUUUAGGCAGGCAAAUGAACUGUCAAAGUCUGUGGACCAGACUGUGCUUGCAGAGCCUCUGAUCCCUCCAUUGCUGACUGUGAGAGACUUCUACAUGACAGAUCCUAUAAGCAGAGCCUCCCAGACCAUGGCUAAGUGCGUGAAGGCAGUGAAUGAAGGAGCAUAAGCUGUCCAAGAGUUGUCCAUUUGCUGAACCUGUUCUACUGUUUAAUAGAUGCCCAUUCAAUGUCAUACACAUCCGUAGGAACUGUAUUUAUUUGCAGUGUCGGUAUUCUUUCGGUGUUCACACACUUAGUAAUACAUUACAUGAAAUGGCAUUUAAAUGCAGUAACAUGUCAUAUGCAUUUAAAGAAGACUAUUCAGUUAUUGUACCCUUUUACUGUCUAAGCAAAUUGCUGUCCAGGAGAAAUACAUUCAACCCACAUCUAUUAUGACCACUAAACUAUUUUAUUAAAUACAUUAUUUAUUUAAUGUGUAUGUUUAAGUCUGUACCAUAGAAAAUUAAGUAACUAUUGAAUUACUGAAGAGUAUAAUCAAUGUAGAUAACGAAUACCUUUAAUAAACAUGUUUCUAUGCUAGAAGUCUGUGCUGAAUAAAGUCUUAGUAAAGUCAGUAAAAUAUCCCAAACUUUGAAGUAAACGUUUUCAUAUAUAGGCUAGGCUAUUUAUUUUGUAUUAUUCACAAUAGAGGAACUAGCCUAUUAGGAUAGGAACUAACUUUUUUCUUAAUGUUCCCAAGUCGAUAAACAAAUAUCGAAUCAAUAGGUAAAACGUGCAUUAUUUUU